CGCCACACUCUAUGUUAAAAUUAGUUUAUGAUCUGUUUACAGUGCAGCGUUCUAUUAGUAAAUUACUUUGUGUAUUCAUUAUUUAAUCACUUUGUUUAUAAAUAAAUUGUGUUGAAUUUAUCAUCUAACCUCCACUUAUUGCCUUGAACAUCACUUCAACGGAAUAAUGUCGCGAAUUCGUGUUGUUUGGUGAUGUGUAAACUAAUCUGUGAUUUGGAUCGCUCGCUCCUCUUCUUACCAAGCCAAAAUGACGAGAAAUUUAUUAUUCCAAUUUAUUUGCAUUUAUUGUCUCACGAUUCGUGGACUUGAUGCCGUGCAUUCGGAGGAAAUUGAAAUCGAAGAAGACACAGUAAUUCCAGUUCAGCCACAUGAAAAAUGUGAACCAUUGAAAAUAAAUCUUUGUCUGAAUUUACCGUACAAUUAUACGAUAAUGCCGAAUAUUUUGGGACAUCAGGAACAAGAGGAGGCGGGCGCUCGAAUUCAUGAUUUUGCUCCACUCGUGAAAAUGAAGUGUAGCUCUGAUUUGAGAUUUUUCCUUUGCUCAUUAUACGGUCCGGUGUGUACAAUUUUGGGCAGAGUACUUCCGCCGUGUCGAUCGUUGUGCGACAAUGCAAGAAAGGGUUGUGAACAUCUUCUCAAGGCAUUUGGAUUUGAAUGGCCAGAGUAUUUUGAGUGCUCGCGUUUUCCAGUGCAUGGUGGUGAAACAAUUUGUGUUGGACCAAAUAUAACACCAUCGGAAUCGUCGUUACCUGUUGAAGUUCCACCCAGGAUACCUGUUUCGGAGUUUAAGGAAUUUCAUCCCUCGUCACUGUGGCAGAAUGGACAGAGAAAUUUUGGACAUGGAUUUGCACCGAUGCCGGGCGGAAAAGUACAUGGAUUCGUGUGUCCAGUGCAAUUUAAAGUUCCACAUGAAUUUGGUUAUUCUUUAAAAGUUGGCGAUAAAGUGGAAUACAAUUGUGGUGCUCCGUGCGAUAAAAUGUUUUUCAGUGACAAGGAGAGGAGAUUUGCAAGAGCUUGGAUUGGUACCUGGGCAACUCUCUGUGCUGUUUCCUGCUUUUUUACAUUUCUCACGUUUUUAAUCGAUACAAAACGUUUCAGAUAUCCGGAGAGGCCAAUUAUAUUUUUGUCAGUGUGCUAUUUGAUGGUGGCAUUCGCCUACGUUAUUGGAUGGGCGGCAGGCAAUUCCAUUUCGUGCCGAGAGCCUUUUGAAACAUACACCGCGAACAUGAGAGUGAACAUGAUAUCGCCAAUAGUUCAGGGGACAAAACACGAACUUUGCACUCUUUUAUUCAUGCUGCUUUACUUCUUUGGAAUGGCUUCGAGUAUCUGGUGGGUUAUUCUCACAUUAACAUGGUUCCUAGCCGCUGGACUCAAAUGGGGACACGAGGCAAUAGAAGCGAAUUCACAAUAUUUUCAUUUGGCUGCCUGGGGUGCUCCGGCUAUCAAAACCGUCACCAUUCUCGCCAUGAGAAAAGUUGAAGGUGACGUUCUUUCGGGUGUUUGUUAUGUCGGUCUCUGGAAUGUCGAGGCACUUCGUGGAUUUGUCUUGACACCACUUUGCAUUUACCUGGUUCUUGGCACUGUUUUUCUACUCGCUGGAUUUGUUUCUCUAUUUCGAAUUCGAACCGUAAUGAAGCAUGACGGAACGAAAACGGACAAAUUGGAGAAACUGAUGAUUCGAAUAGGAACAUUCUCGGUGCUCUACACUGUUCCAGCUUUAAUAGUUAUUGCUUGUCUUUUUUAUGAGCAGGCAAAUUUUGACAAUUGGAUGCUAACCUGGAAUAGAGACAUGUGCAAUCAGAAUUCUUACGCCAUUCCAUGUCCAUUGGGAGAAGAGACGAGUCGUCCUGAGUUUGAGGUUUUUAUGAUCAAAUAUCUAAUGGCUAUGAUUGUCGGCAUUACCAGCAGUUUUUGGGUUUGGUCAAGUAAAACACUCACUACUUGGCGAUUAUUUUUCAAUCACUUACGCGGACGUCGCACCACUGCCUACGUUUAAAUGAAAAGGGAAAAAAGAAAACAUUUUUCUACAUCGAUUUACACUUAAGAAGGGAUGCUCUCGUUGAGAUGAUUUUUAGCUCAUAAUUGUUUAUCGUACAUUUUUAAGACUGAUAAUUUCUGCAUAAUUUUUUUUUUUUACAUUUACAUAUUAUUAUCGAGUAUUAUUUUCAUUUUAAUUACAAUUUUAUCGAGACUAACUACCAGGGAGAUUAAUUUUACUUGUUUUUAUUGAAGUUUAUUUCAAAUUAAGUAGGUAAAUUUCGAGAUUACGAGAGCGUUCAACUAUUUUUGAGGUAAUCACGUAAAUUGUAUUUUCGAAUCGCUAUGCAAUUUCACUGCCGUUGAUUCGCCUUUAAGUAUUUAAUUACUUGACUUGUUCCUAAAAAAAAAAAAAAUGUUACUGCUAAACUGAGAUAGUUAAAUAAUUAUUCUUUUAUAGAAAAAAAAGAAGAAGAAAAAUUGUGCCAAUGCUAAGAAAUCAUGGUUUGCAUUUAAAUAUUUUAUCUAACGCGAAAUUUUUAGAUUUUAUUGCAAAAAUGACGAAAAAUGUUUUUUAAUUAAUUAAUUUUUACAAAACUUAUUUUAUUAAAUUUCUAAUUAUUUUUUAUCUUUAAAAUUCUUUAUUUUGAAGAAUUUUUGAUAACUAUUUGAUGUUGUUUUCGACACCCUUGCUCAAAUUGUCAAAUUUUAUUGUGUCGUUAAUUUCAUUACUUUUUUUUCGCCCAUUUUUUGACUUUCUUUUACGCUUAAGAAUCUCGAGUAAAUAAUUAAAAUUUUGAUACAACAAUUUUUUAUGACGUAGAAAUCACAAAUAUACCUAAUACUCAAUAUAAGACUUUUGCACCUGUUGAUAGUAUCAUUUUUAUAUAUAAAUAUAUAUAUAUAUAAUUUCAUUUUAAUAUAACGUUUGACAAAACUACAUUGGCAUUAUGCAUAUGCGGCUAUGUGUAAUAUUUAUAAAUCGCAAGAGAUCAAAAGAUUGUCAAUAGAUGUAAUGAAUAGUUAAUAUUAAGAAGCCGAUAAGACUAAAACUAAUCUUGUACAUAAGUUUUAAUUCCUACUAUCGAUUGUGUAUCAUAAGAUAUUUUUUAAUAAUAAUGUACAUAAAUGUCUAAGUCGUCAUAUUUGUUUUGAUGAUUAAAAAUAGUGAACAAAAGGAAAAAUGAAACGAAAAAAGGACUAUUAUUAGUCUGUACGUAAAUUUUUGAAAAUAAUAAAUUUCAUUGUCGUUUUUAGAAUUAAUAAAUUCGUCCAUUGAAACCUGUCGAGCUUUUGUGUAUGUCAGGCAAGAGUUUUUAGUGCUUAAUUCAAAUAUUAUUCGAUGAAAGUAUGCAUGUUUAUGUUACUGCAUACGCGAAACUUAAAAUAUUCUACGUGCCUGCACGUAAUGUUGUGUAAAACUACAAUUAUGCAUUAUAUUCUUUAUAUUAUAUAUAUAAUAAACAAGAUAUUCGCAUAAAA